AUGGCGGCCUCAAGCAGAGGCGCAUUUGCCGUCCUAGGGCUUUUGCGAAACCCCGCAACAGCAUCCCCCAGACUCUGCCGACAAUGCGCUAGAGUCCAGAUCAGAGCUCCCUCGCGAGCGUACUCGGGUGCCGCCGCCGCGGCUGCCACGACGACCCCUCCGAACCCCCCGCCGUCGACCCCGAGCAGCAUCCCCCCGGAGCCCAAGGCCGCGACGCCGAGCGGGCCGGGCUACCGCAUCAAGUCGGGCGCCAUCGUCACGCGGGCGCCCCUCCUCACACGGCCGCUGACGGACUUUGAGCAGGCGUACUUCUUCUACCAGAAGCGCCUCGAGGAGCGGCUUACGCUGCCGUUCAUCACGUCCGUCUACUUCAAGCAGGACACGCCGGCGCUCAUCGACUGGAACAUGAAGGUCAAGGACCGCCAGGGCACCGUGGGCAAGGACGUGGGCGUGUACAACGGCAAGGCGUCCCGCGCGUGGGACGACGAGCUGCUCGUCGGGGACAAGCUGAGCAGGCACGAGACGAGUGUUGAGUUGUUGCUCAAGGACGCCGUGAUGCGUGUGAGUGAUGAUGCGGAGAUCAUCCCCGAGGAGGACCGGGUGCCGCCCGAGGCGCCGCAGCCGCGAGUGUCGGAGGCGGACAGGAAGGGCGACAAGACGAGGCUGGACCGCGCGAUGGACCGGACGCUGUAUCUGGUUGUCAAGCGGGACGGCAAGGAUGCCAAGUGGGAGUUCCCCGCAGCGGCGCUCAGCACGGAGGAGAACCUCCACGAGGCUUCCUCGCGCGUUCUCGAGCAGACCGCCGGCGUAAACAUGAACACUUGGAUGGUCGGCCGGGCGCCGGUGGCGCACCACGUCGUCAAGCCUGUGGCUAAGCAGGACGGCAGCGUCGAGCGCAGGGGCGAGAAGACGUUCUUCCUCAAGUGGCGCAUCAUGGCCGGGCAGGCGGACCUGGCGAGCAACGCGUACGGGUACAAGGAGUUCCAGUGGCUGACGCGGGAGGAGCUACAGAAGGCUCUGCCGGAGGAGUACUACCGCAGCGUGCGGCUCAUGCUGGCUGACAGGUAA